GUUGUAACGACAUGCGAAGACGCGACAGAUCAAUAUUGGUAUUUCUAGUAAUGUAUUCCUGCCGAUCCCGAACGAUCACGUCCGAUCCGGUACAUUCUGGACUCUUCUCGAAUAUUCCGGUACCGGUCAAUGCCGCUAUAAAUACGAAUUGCGCGGCGGGAAUCGCGUUAGUUUGAAUACAAACAUUGGAAGAGCGCGACAGAUUAAAGCAAACCGAGUGCUGUCAAAGUUGUUAUUUUUUGUGAAAUUCAAGUGCGAAACCAAACGCUGCUGUAAAUUUCUAAUAUCUACGUGAAUAAGUGAAUCGAAAAUGCCAAAAAUACCAGCGAUUGGAAUUGAUUUGGGUACUACCUACUCGUGUGUAGGUGUAUGGCAGCAAGGUAAAGUUGAAAUCAUCGCAAACGACCAAGGUAACAGAACAACACCCAGCUAUGUUGCAUUUACCGAUUCGGAACGUCUCAUUGGGGAUGCCGCCAAAAACCAAGUGGCAUUGAAUCCUGCUAAUACCGUAUUCGACGCAAAAAGACUCAUCGGUCGAAAAUAUGACGAUCCGAAGAUCCAACAGGAUCUGAAGCACUGGCCAUUCAAAGUUGUCAACGAUGGUGGCAAACCUAAAAUCGAAGUCGAGUUCAAAGGCGAAAGAAAACGUUUCUCUCCAGAAGAGAUCAGUUCGAUGGUCCUCACAAAAAUGAAAGAGAUCGCGGAGGCGUAUCUUGGAGGACGUGUCAAGGACGCAGUCAUCACAGUUCCUGCAUAUUUCAACGAUUCCCAGAGGCAAGCAACCAAAGAUGCUGGCACAAUUGCUGGUAUCAAUGUACUCAGGAUCAUAAAUGAACCUACCGCCGCUGCCCUCGCUUAUGGUCUGGACAAAAAUUUAAAAGGUGAAAGAAACGUUUUGAUUUUCGACCUGGGUGGCGGCACCUUUGACGUUUCAAUCUUAACAAUCGACGAAGGGUCACUUUUUGAGGUCAAAUCAACCGCCGGUGAUACCCAUUUGGGAGGAGAAGAUUUUGACAAUCGCCUCGUCAAUCAUUUCGUCGAAGAAUUUAAACGAAAAUACAAAAAAGACAUGAGCAGUAAUCCUCGAGCAUUGAGAAGAUUGAGAACUGCCGCCGAAAGAGCGAAGCGUACACUUUCCUCCAGCACUGAAGCAACCCUGGAAAUAGAUGCUCUUUAUGAAGGUAUUGACUUUUACACGAAGAUAUCCAGAGCACGUUUCGAAGAACUUUGCUCCGAUCUGUUCAGAAGCACCUUACAACCCGUGGAAAAAGCCUUGAACGACGCCAAACUUGAUAAAGGGUCAAUUCACGAUGUUGUUCUUGUUGGGGGUUCUACCAGAAUUCCAAAAAUUCAAAGCCUUCUCCAAAAUUACUUUGGAGGCAAACAGCUCAACUUGUCUAUUAACCCAGAUGAGGCCGUUGCUUACGGAGCAGCAAUUCAAGCCGCCAUUCUCAGCGGGGAUCAAAGUUCUCAAAUCCAGGAUGUUCUUCUCGUCGAUGUGGCUCCUCUAUCGCUCGGAAUCGAAACUGCUGGUGGUGUAAUGUCGAAAAUUAUCGAGAGAAACUCUAGGAUUCCUUGUAAACAAACUCAAACGUUCACCACAUAUUCCGAUAACCAACCGGCGGUUACAAUUCAGGUGUACGAAGGUGAACGUGCAAUGACCAAAGACAAUAAUCUUCUGGGCAAUUUUGACUUGACUGGUAUACCUCCAGCACCUCGCGGGGUUCCCCAGAUAGAAGUUACCUUCGACUUGGACGCUAAUGGCAUCCUAAACGUUUCUGCCAAAGAGAAUAGUACUGGAAAGUCCAGGAAUAUUACCAUAAGGAACGAUAAAGGUCGUUUGUCUCAAAGAGACAUAGAGCGCAUGGUCUCCGAAGCGGAGCAAUACAAAGACGAAGACGAGAAACAACGUCAAAGGGUUUCUAGCAAAAAUCAGCUAGAGUCGUAUGUUUACAACGUAAAACAAGCCGUGGAAGAGGGUGGUAGUAAGUUGAAUGACAACGACAAGAGCAGAGUUCUUAAGGAAUGUAACGAAUGCAUUCAAUGGUUGGAUAGAAAUCAAACGGCAGAAAAGGAAGAGUUUGAUGACAGACUGAGCUCUAUUCAGAAAACGUGUGCUCCUGUAAUGACAAAAUUGCAUAGAGGAGGCGAGGGUGCAGCAACUGGUGGAGGAGCCAGGAAAGGCGGACACGAGGGUCCUACCAUUGAAGAAGUUGAUUAAAAGACUCAUUUUUUUAAUAAUCUACGUAUAUGCACAAAUUGCUAUUUCUGCGCUUGUGUUAUUAACGCAAAUUAGACGAUGCCAUAAUAUAUAAAAAUAUUAUAAUAUUGAUUGCAUUUACAAUUAGAUAAUGUGAUUUUAUGUGAUAGAUUCGGUACAGGAUCAGUGCAUUCCAUAGUUUUUCUCGGGAAAUCGUAUCUUUGUAAUCGUUGUAAAUCGUGUGUAUUGUUACAAAUAUGUUUUAUGUUAAAUUGUUUGUUAUAUUGUAGGAUGUUGUUAGGUGUAGCUGUUAUAUUUUUGUUACCAAGUACAUAAAUAUAUUUCUGUAUUUAUUGUCUGAUAAAGCAUGUUAAUGAUGAUAAAAAUUGUAUCUGUCCAAUAAAGUGCUCGUUCCGUAAAAUAAA